GUGACGUUUGCAGAGUCCGUGAUGGAGCUCAAAUCACCGAUUUUGCCGAAUCUGAUAAUAAUUCUUCCGUCCAAAAAAAAGAAAUAGAACGACAUCAAGAUGACUACAUAAGCGUCUGGAGCAGCCUCUACGAUGCUCAUCACUCGCGACACAGCAGUCUCUUCAUCCGUCUGUCUUUGAAAGACCGUUUCAUUCGUUUAUUCACUUCUUCUUGCGUUACCCAGUAUUUCUUAUUGAGACCGUCGAACAUCUAAGGUGUAAACAUGGUCAAAUCCCAAACAUUUUCCGCCUUUCUGACCCUACUGGCUGGGGUUGCAGCAGCUCCAGCCGCUGACCCUGCUGUGACGAGUGCACCGGAUGCUGGACUGAUUGAAAAGCGAGCGACUAGCUGUACCUUUACUGCUGCUUCGCAAGCAAGCGCUUCUGCGAAGUCCUGUGCCACCGUCGUGCUCAGCAACAUUGCAGUGCCGGCGGGAGAAACGUUGGAUCUUUCUGGCGCAGCUGACAAUACUCAUUUCAUUUUCAGUGGAACUACAACCUUUGGUUAUAAGGAAUGGGAAGGCCCUCUAAUUAAAUUUUCCGGCAAAGGUCAAACGAUCACGGGAGCCAGCGGCCAUGUCAUCAACGGUGAAGGCCAACUGUGGUGGGAUGGAGAGGGCAGCAACGGCGGCAAAACCAAGCCAAAGUUCUUCAAAGCCGGGAGCCUUACCUCUUCUUCGAUCACGGGCUUGAAUGUGAAGAACACACCUGUGCAGGCUUUCUCCAUUUCUGGCUGUACCGACCUGACCAUCGACUCCGUGACUAUCGACGACUCUGCUGGCGACGCUAACGGACUUGGCCACAACACGGACGCUUUCGACGUGGGCACUUCGACCGGCGUAACGAUUAAGAAUGCCGUCGUGCACAACCAAGACGACUGCCUCGCCAUCAACUCGGGAAGCAACAUCGUCUUCACCGGUGGCAGCUGCACGGGCGGACACGGUCUUUCCAUCGGCUCCGUCGGAGGCAGGGACGACAACGACGUCUACAACGUGACGAUCAGCAACUCGAAGGUCAUCAACUCCCAGAAUGGCGUGCGCAUCAAGACCGUCUACGGCGCCACCGGCUCUGUGAAGGACGUCACGUACUCCGACAUCACCCUGAGUGGCAUCACCAAGUACGGCAUCGUCAUCGAGCAGGAUUACGAGAAUGGCAGCCCGACUGGCACGCCUACGGGCGGGGUUCCGAUCACCGACUUGACCUUGGACGGUGUGACGGGAACUGUGACCUCGAGCGCGACGGACAUCUACAUUCUGUGUGCUUCUGGCGCCUGCUCCGAUUGGACCUGGAAGGAUGUUUCUGUCACUGGAGGAAAGAAAUCAACCAAGUGCAGCAACGUUCCAAGCGGGGCUAGCUGCUGAUCGUCUGUUGACUGGUGCAAAAGUUUGGGGAAUUUUUAUUACUUCGACUAGUGGUCAUUUCGAUCACACUUCUUAAAGCGAGAAACUAUUUUUAUCACUUAGCAAUCGAUUUAACAUAUUCAGGACUUUGAGUUCAGGUCCUUCAAGAAA